AUGCAGACAGCACCACACCAGCCAAGCUUUUACUGGGAGACCACCACCACCACCACCACCACCCCACCUUGGCAGGUCGAGGGCAUCGUUGAGACCAUCAAGCGCCUCGGCUGCAAGACCGUCAUUGGAUCGGGCGGCGGCAAGGCCAUCGACACGGCCCGCGCAGCCGCCCACCUGGCGGGCCUGGAGUUCGUGUCCUGCCCCACGUCAGCCUCCAGCGAUGCCCCCUGCUCCGCGCUGUGCGUCGUCUACACACCAGAUGGCAAGUUUGACCACUACAUGCUGCUGCCCCGCCACCCCACCCUGGUGCUGGUCGACACCGCCGUCAUAGCGCGCUCCCCAAAGAGGACCCUGGUGGCAGGCCUAGGGGACGCCCUCGCAACAUGGUACGAGGCGCGCACCGUGGCGGAGGCCCGCAGCCUGAACUUCUUCGGGGGCGCCCCCUCCAUCACGGGCACCGCCCUGGCGCGGCUCUGCAGGGACGUGCUGCUGGCGGACGGCGCCGAGGCGGUGGCGGCACUGGAGGCUAAGAGCGUGACGCCCGCGCUGGAGCGCGUCGUCGAGGCAAGCCGGGGCGCCGGAAGCUUCUCGAGGCCGCGCGCCAACACGCUGCUGAGCGGCCUGGGCUUUGAGAGCGGCGGGCUGUGCGUCGCACACGCCUGCCACAACGGUGGGUGA